AUGGUCCUGAACUUGUAUAUGAAUCUGCUCUCCCCUUCCUGCCGCUCCCUCUACAUCUUCGCUAAGCUGCACCUCAUCUCCUUCGAGAUGAUCCCCGUGGACCUGAUGAAAGCUGAACAUCACAGUGAAGCUUUUAUCCAGCUGAACCCACUAAGGAAGGUUCCAGUCAUGAAGGACGAGAACUUCUUCUUAGGAGAGAGUGUGGCCAUUCUGCUCUACCUGUGCCGCAAAUUCAAGGCACCAGACCACUGGUACCCAGCUGAUGCCCAGAGAUGUGCACACGUGGAUGAGUACCUAGCCUGGCAGGAGCUCCACAUGAAAAAACAUUGCACCAAAGUCUUGUGGAUGAAGAUGAUGAUCCCACACUUCUUCAAAUGCACGGUGCCCCAGGAGAAACUCGAGGAGGCCAUGACAGACCUAACCCACACCCUGCAGCUCCUGAAGCAGAAGUUUCUGAAGGACAAGCCCUUCCUCACAGGGGACAGGAUCUCCCUGGCCGAUCUGAUGGCUCUGGAGGAUGUGGUACAGGCCAUCAGUGCUGACUAUAACAUCUUUGAGAACAGGCCCUGGCUAAAAGUAUGGAAGGAGAGGGUCGAGUCCACCUUGGGCCGGGAGCUCUGUGAUGAGGCCCAUGAACCUAUCCUGAAGCUCAAGGACUCACCUGCACUGAGCACUGAUAUAAUGAGGAGAUUCGAUAUAACAAAGAAGAUGCUGCUGUGA